GCCUCUUUUAGAAAGCCGCUUCCAUGACUGCCUCCAAUAUAAAACUGUGACAGUUGGUCUGUGUGUCGCUGUCUGUGUAUCACUCUGUGUGUGUUGCUGUGUGUGUGUUGCUGUGUGUGUGUUGCUGUGUGUUGCCCUGUGUGUGUGUGUUGCUGUGUGUCGCUGUGUGUGUAUCGCUGUCUGUGUGUUGCUGUGUGUUGCCCUGUGUGUGUGUGUUGCUGUGUGUCGCUGUGUGUCGUUGUCUGUGUGUUGCUCUGUGUGUGUCGCUGGUGUCGCUGUCGGUCUGUGCACGUUGAGCGCUCGCGGCUCUUACGCGCCAUUCACACGGUGCGCACGCGUGUGCGCGCGCGACUCUUUCCGUUCGUGUGCGCGCGUGUUUUGCGCGCAUGCCCGGCGCCGUGCGCGUGCCCGUGGCGCGCCGGACGUGGCAGCGGGCGGGAGCGAUGCGGGCGGUGCUGCCGGGGCCGGGGCCGGGGCUGUGGCUGCUGCUGGCGGCGGCGCUGGCGGCGGGCAGCGGCUCGGAGCGCCCCCGGCUCCGCGAGACCGUGCUGCAGGACCUGGCCCGCGGCAAGGUGGAGACCUGCGGCGGGUGACGGCUGAAUCGCCUCAGGGAGGUGAAGGCGUUCGUCACCCAGGACAUCCCAUUCUACCAUAACCUGGAGAUGAAACACCUGCCUGGUGCUGACCCUGAGCUUGUGCUCCUCAGCCUCCGGUAUGAGGAGCUAGAGAGAAUUCCCCUGAGCGACAUGACCCGGGAAGAGAUCAACCAGCUGGUGCAGGAGUUGGGCUUCUACCGCAAGGAGACGCCUGAUGCCCCUGUGCCAGAGGAGUUCCAGUUUGCCCCUGCCAAGUCUCUGCCAAUACUGCUGCCCCCCCAUGCACCCACUGCUGAUGGCAAGACCCCACCCAAACACGACAAGGAAGAACACCCAGACCUCUAGCAAGGAAUGGCACCCUUAGGACAGGGUCCUGCAGCCAGUCCCCAGUGCAAAGAAUGAGGGCGUUAUGGCAGCUGGACAUGGUGUCACAGGGUGGCAAAGGUUUUCCCCCCCACUCUUGCUUGUGUGCUGGUUGAUGCCCUCCUGUCCUUGGAGCUCAUUAUCCUUGGCAGAGGAGGAGCAGCAUUUCUUACAGUCUCUUGCUGUACCCAGACAUUUAGCUGCUCCCAGCACUGGGCAGCAGUAUCCUGCCUGCAUGGGACAGGAUGAAACCCUCAGCAGAAAGCGCCAGGUGCUAAGGGUAGAUGUGCUGAGUCCCAAAGGUGGGAGAGCUGUCCCAAGAAGGGGGCUUUACCCCCCAGCAGGCUUUAUGUCAUAUCCAGCUCCUAGUAAAGCUUUUAUUUGCAGUCA